AUGCUCCUGCGGAAAGCGCGCAUUGGCAUGUACGACAAGGCGGACGAACUCUCGCAGCCCCUCGUCCUCGAGCAGAUGGAGAAGAUCAACUUCGCCUGGAGCGCGCCGCAGCAGAGCCAGGAAGACGAGCAGUGCCUGAAACUGGAGGUGCUGGUUCACGGCGAUUUGGACAACGACUCGGACGAAAACUUUUCGGUGCAGGAAGAGGUGGAUCGCUGGAACGCCGCGGCGGUUUUCAACAUCGGGCGGGUGCAGACCCACCCGGAGAAGCUCUUGGCUCCGCGACGGCUGCCCCAGUUUUCCGACCUGGAAGGCGCGGAUUUGUACAGCACCGGUUUUUUGGAAAGGCAGGCAAACAAGUUCGUGGCCGGCAUCAACAAGCACGCGAAGGGGGCAAUGAGCACGUUGCAGCCGUCGGCGGUGGUCGCAAAAGCAACCAAGGCAACGGAGACGAUCACGAAGGCCCCGGUAUGAAAUGCAAAAAUGUCUGGGUCUGGAAGGUUAGAACUUGUCAUGCUAAAUCUGAAUGAUGCAAAAAUGAAAAAUCUGUAUGUUGGGCUGUCGCGCUCGGCUAGCUGGCCGGGCUGUACUGAUCAGGUGUGGUGGGUAGCUCCCGACUGGUUGGCACUUUUCUUGGGGCGACUUGCCGUGGUAGCGCUCGGCUUUUGUAUGAUGAGGUUGCGGUUGCCGAAAGCGCUUCCUCGCCCACCCCCUGGGGAGGGGAUCCUUGACCUGUGGCGCUGGGAGAGGGUGUCCACUACAUGAUGAUGAUGAUCUGUGUUGCGUGAGUGCCAAAAGCUGUCCGCUUUUGACCAAGUUGAGAGGGAGUUUCUCAUGUAGGAAAGGCAUGAUAGAGACCUCAAAAAAUCUGUGAUGCUGGGUCUCGCAUUCCAGACCUCAUGGGUCAUGGAAAACCUGCGUCACAAAUCUUGCAUUCUUCCAGACCCAGACAUUUUUACAUUUGAUACCCGGGAUUCAUGUACAACAAGACCAGGCAAGGAAUGGACGUGGCGGCGACCAGAGUGAACAAACUGGGCGCGAAAUUCAACCGCCUACAAACGGGGGAUGGCGAGGCGAUCAAGGAAGACGUUUCUUCUACGGCGGAGCAGAACAGCGAACAAGCCGACAGCAAGCGUGCCAUCGAGACGCGUGAAGUCAUUCUAGAAGUAGAGGAGGGACGAGCAACAGUAGAGGGGACAAUGGAAAAUGAAGGACCCGACGACGACGAGGACGAUCCGAGACGCACUACAAUAGCGGGACGAGAAGGCGAGCACGCGAUCUUAGACGCAGCUGCAGAGGGAGAAUCUGUUGCGAGUUCUGUACCGGAUUCCACUUCUCGCAUGCAACGAUUGCAGAUUCCCGAUGCGACGGCGGUUGUACCUCGGCGGAAUAAGCCCACGAUCGCCGGAAGCGAGCAAAGCGUACCCACUGCACCAAUUCUGGAAACGCUCCCGUCGCAGCAUCGUCACCGGAUCCGGGAGCGGGCACUUAUUCGCGACACUGGUCGCGUCACGUACAACCUCCGGCGCGAAGAAUUUUCGGUAAGCACGGUGGUGAAUGGCGGAACCCGCGAGGUGGUGGUGUACCCCUGGAUUCUGUUCCGAAACUUCAAGAACGACGAUUUGUUUGUUGCCCCUGGUCUCCACCGAUGGCGGAGGCAUCAUCUCCACCGGCGCCGCUCUUCGGCAAGGUCGCCAUUGCUAGACCACGCGGAGGAGCGUAAUCUUGGAACAAGGACGACGGUCAUGCAGCACGUCCUGUCUACUUCCGAGGAUGGAGACACGGAGGAGUCAACAAGUAGCGAAAGCAGCGGCGCGAUAGAGGUAUCGGAGGAUGAGGAUGCCCACGCACUGGCGGUUGGGGGCUCCCCACCGGGGUCGCCCGACAGUAAGAGUCGCGGCAGCCUGUUCAUGAGUCCCCCGAAGACGCCCGGUGCUAUCUCGGGGGGUUCGCCGUUUUCCUUGGGGGGGACCAAUGUUGCCAAAACCGACGCAAAAAACAACCAACAGGCCAUGAGGCGGCUCACGGCGCGGAUGGACCCGUCGGCUAUGAAUCUCAAGGCAAGCGGGGGUAAGAACAAAAAAAACAAAAGCAAUAGAGUUCCAUCAAAAAAGAAGUCUCAAAGACCACCAUCCACUUCCGCUCCGCUUGCUAUUUCGGGCACAACAAGUCCGACCGCGGCUGCUCAAGCGCAUCAGCACGAACACCGGCGCGGCCACGUGCUAGGGGCGGACUGGGUGCCGGCGGGCGGGUCCGCGGCGUUUUCGACGCAGAAGAAGCCAGCUGGGAACGUCGGUCUCGCACUGUCAUUAGCGAUGACGGGGGAUAUCUACCGGCAGGAUCAGAGCAACUGGAGUUACCCAAUGGUGAUACCGCACAGGCCCGAGCGAAGCUUUUUCCGCAAAGUUUCCGCCAACGUCAUGGAAGACCCUUAUCUGGGACUGCUGAAGAAGUACCACAUAAACCGGUGGCCCUUGUCGCUUCAAGCGCCAAAAAGGCCGACUGCCGGAGGUGCUGGGACAUCAACUGGUGGACCAACGGAAGCAGGAGAUACGACCUCGCGCAGGCACCACCAUCACAAACACAACCACGCUCACUCGCACAAGUACGAAAAUGUUUUUUGUUUGAAUGUUUGCCUUUGAUUUCCUUGUCUGCACACCCAUGGUGUUUUAGACGAGACUUGAACGUUCUAUGAAAAUCUACGCGGUCACCAGCAUCAUCAAAAAUUUUUUCCACACGCACAGACACAACCUGUACCUGCAAAAGAGCUACAUUUUUCGACAUCCCAACUGCCCCCUACGGCCGGACGCCACCUAUCGCACCGCGUCCGAGUGGGACGUCACCAAGAUGUGUCUCUCCUACGACCAGCGGCUUGAGUGUUGGGUUGUGGACGCCGUCGACGCAGUGAUAGAAGCCCCGUUUUGGCUGGAAAACCACACCGACCGGCCCUUGUACGUCAAAGAGCUCUUGUUGAAAGAGGACACCGACGAGCCGGACGAGGAGGACAUGCCCGAUGGCAGCCUCGGGCAGCUUCAGAGCGGACUCAACGACUUCACGAAAGCCGCAACGAACCUGAUAGGCAUCGGCGCAAGCGCCAUGGGCGGGGGAGGUGCACCUGAAAGUGGCGGGAACAGUCGCGGAGGGGGAGGUGCGAAUUUGCCGCAACAGGCAAUAAAGGAGAGCUUAAGCAGGGGAGGGCGGACAGGCAUAUGGAUGAACAACGAAGCUAACGCGACCUUGAACAAGCGCAGUGCCGCCUUCAAUCCCCAGGGACGGAUUUCCGUCGCAUCCACGGCUGCUGGUGGACCACCCGUGCAGAGCGCGGAAUUGGCGGACAACGCCGCCGGUGGACUCUGGGGCCGAGCCCGAGCGAUGCAACAGGCAAAGCAAAUGGACAAGAGCAAUCCGCACUUUCGACGACGUACGCUAAACGACGCGCCGCUUGGGACCGAGCUCCCACGUAGGCUCCAUGGUGUCGGCGAACCCGUGCCUUUUGCGUUCCACCAGCCGCACCAAAUCAAGGAUCCGCGCAGCUAUGAGGCGCACGUGCAACGGACCAACGGGCAGGUGGAGAACAACACGAGCGGUCGCGUGCAAACCAGCGCCGCUCACACCUCGGGGAAAGCGGUUGUCACGUUUCGCGACAGCGAAACCAAUGGGUGGAUCAGCAUAGAUAUUCCAGUUUUGCCCUAUGUUCGGGACAAGGAGCUCUACAAGGAUACAGGCGGGACCUUAACCUACUCCGUACUGAAAACACCUCCGGACCGGUCCCGUAUUCACGCGCAGGUGGCAGCGCGCAUGGCAAACCAAGGGGCGGCUGCCAGUGCUGGCAGCAAUGGCUACAGUGCCUCGUCUUUCGUUGACCCGUACUCCCCGUUAUCGCAUGUUGGAAACGCGCGCGGGGGCAUAUCAGAUGGAACUGCGAAAGUAAACCCGUCGGUGAGGAGUCACCCACCAGCCCCACCAGACAGUUCGAACAAACCAGCGCGAGGAGCAAGUAGACCCUCGGGUGGAAAAAGUACUAAAGCGUCUGAAUCUUACGGGUAUCCUGUGCUCUUCAACCGCACGAUUAUCUUCAAGUUUGUUAAGCACAAACAGGUCCGUCGCAGCGCGAACAUUGCGAACAAGGCGUCCACCUUCGCCGACAUAGCAAUGCAGGCAAAGACCUCUGUGAUGCUUCCAAAGAUCACCGCCCGGCUGCCAGUAAAAAUGCAUGCGAAAACCUUGUUCCAGUCGAUUGCGCGACGGGCCGCGAGUCUCGCGAAGACCAAUCAGUCGGUGAUUGGCGCACAGACCGACGACCUCGAAGCUUACGCAACUUCCCCGGAACGGCAAAAUAAGGGGGCGCGCCUGGUGAGCACUGCAACUGGAGGGACGAACGGCGCACAAAUGCAGGACGGAACUGGCGGCAACGGCGGUGCGCAAGCCGGACCAAACGCGACAACAGGCACGAGGCGAGGCUCCGGCGCACAGAAAAUGCUGAAUCGCUUUGCGUCCCACGUUUUCCAGAUACAGCGGGGUAAAACCAAUUCGCUUAAAGGCGGCGGGCAGCCUGCCUUUCAUCGCCAAAUGACAACAAAAAUAGCUAGGUCGGCAGGGCAAUCGGCUAAAGUCGGAACUGGUGCGUUCAAGAACAUAGUGCGCAAAACGCAGCAAAUGCGAACAUCGAUGGAUCCGACCCAGAUGCUGCAGGCCUUCGUGACAAAGCUCCAGGACAGAAGACAAAGACUCCUGCAUGUGCAUGCGUUGGGUGACGCAAUCGCGCGCGCACGAAAUGACCAAACCUAUCGGCAGUUCAUCGCACGCCUGGACGAGUCCUACCUGAAGCAGAUUGUGUACUUGGCCGGCGUCGGCUUUUCGAUGAACGACGCCGCGCCCCGGGAGAUCGGCUACCUUUUCAUCGAGCGCAUCCAAGUGGAAAACCGCAGCUACGACAUCGCGCAUCUCCGGGACCGGCGGUUGACUCAUCAACUACAGCGCCAGAUCGAACACCACGAGCGGAUGUCGAGGCUUUCGGAACAGGAUCCCCACGACGCUGCCAUCCAGCAGCAUCAGCACGUGGACACAGCAUCUCCAAUCGGCAGCUCGAAGGGCAACAAGCAGGACGGCGCUGCAGCCAGCACAGCGACCGGAGCUCCUUCGAGUAGUGAAAGGGCCGGCGGUGCAGUUGCUCUAUCGUCGGACAUAGACCGGUUCACCGGCGAGGUUUUGGCUCACGAUCCGCAGAAGACCUAUCCGCUGGGCAGCCAGAACUGGGCUUUAACCGUGGGCGCACUCCAAUUCGAUACGUACCACGGCGCCACCAAGCGCAACGUGAUAUGCGUUCGCAGCCCGAUCCUGGAGCAAGCCGGGGCUGCGUCCCGUUUGUGGAUGCAAAACGCACUGAACCGACGCCGCGCGAGGGACGAGGAGAAGCGGCGCAAAAAACUUACGAGGCUUGCAAGAAAAAACGCAGCCACCGGCGCGAAGAGAAAAACGCUGCAAGCAGGCGCACCAGAUGAGGUGCCUCUUUCACCUCCGGGAGCAACAUCUGCUCCUCAGAUAGAUCCUCGGCUGACGGUGGCGCACAACAACAUGGCUUCUCCGGGAUCGGCAGUAGGCCGUUCGUCUCCACUCACCGCCGGGCGAUUGAGUUUACAAAGUCAAAGCCAGUCGCCGGGGAGUUCCAUCCCUGCAGCCCCGCGCGCCAGCGCAAACAACGUGUACAUUGCCAACCAACAGACGGUCCACAAAGAGCGCUCGUCGGAGCAGGAGCGGCUCGGGGAGGUGGACAAGCAGCACACGCUCGGCGGGGAGAUUUUAUCGCAAGUGGUUUCGGCUCCGGGGAAAGUCGCCCGCGUUGUCCUUCCCGAUUUUAUUCAGCGCAAUCUGAAUCCCUUUCCCACGAAAAACAAAACGCAGGAACAGGACCUUUGGAUGCGACGUCUGGCGGAGCGCAGCGGUUCUCUGUUGACCGUUGCUGCAGCCAUGCGGUACCAGGGCAGUAUCGUUUGUCUCGAGUCCUUCCACGUGCACACCAACCGCCUGAUUCUCAACAUUGAUUCCGGCUCGAUCUACAACAUUCUCCGGUUCGGCACCGCACUGGGCCAGAGUUUGUCCUCCGAUUUCAUGGCGUUGCAGAGCAGCAGCGCGCUGAAGCUCCGCGGGGGCGGCUUGGAUCCGGAUUUGAGCGAGCCGAGUGUCGCGACGACGGACGGCAGCCUCACAAGCUUUCCGACGCCGCUGUUCAUCACGAAGUUCUACAUGUCGAAAAUCAAACUGGUCAUCAGCGUACGGUUUUCCGGUGCAGAGGAGGUACGCGGCAUGGCCUCCUACAACGAUAGCGAAAUCAUGAAGGCCUACGAAUCCGUCGCAAAAGCGCUGUUUUUGGUCGACAUACAGGUAUCUUUGUUCUUUCUCCUUGUAGUUACCCGUUGUGUUUAUGCCUCCGGCAUGACUGUAUCUUUCUACUUAAAUCUCUCUUUCGUUUCUCUCACUAUGGUCGCCAAGAGCAGAUUCAAUCGCGUAGCUCACCUCGACGAGGUACGGAAAAAUAUUACAACUGUGACUUCCAACAUCAUGCAGGACACUCCCUUUGCGCUUGGUGCGCUGUCGGGUUCUGGUGUUGCCGCCAUCGAAAUGGCGGACAAGUUUUUGACGAAAGGCAGCGAGGACCUGCAGGCUAAGAUCGGGAGCAGCAUUUUUGCUUCCAUUCUCUUCCAGAGCAUCAUGAUCUUGGGAACGCCGAGCGCCUUCGGCAACAUUCCACAGAUAGGGCGAGCGUUCGUGAACGGUUUUGGGAUCGUGCUGGUGAGUAUCGGGCACAUUGCCACCGUCGUUCGACACCCACAGCUUCCGAUUUUGUCGAAAUUCAAACUGAUUCUGUAUCAGAUUGCGCAGGUUUUGCGACGCGCGAUAGCAGCGUUUUUCUUAGUGAUUCGCUCCGGGAACAACUCCGCUACUGGGAUUGGGCUGUCUAUCCAAAAGGGGUUGAGCCGGAUCUGUCUCGGCGCGCGAGUUCGGCUCCCCAGUGCGGUGACCAAUAUCAAUCAGUCCAGCGGGGUCGGGACCAUCUCGCUCAAUGUGUACCACGCAGUGAAGUACUCGGCGCUGUGGUACGUGGCCCGGACCAUUUUAUGGAUUGCAAAAAAGUCUGGGUCUGGAAGAUUAGAACUUGUCAUACUAAAUCUGAAUGAUGCAAAAAUCUGUGUUGCGUGAGUGCCAGAAGCUGUCCGCUUUUGACCAAGUUGAUAGGGGGUCUCUCAUGCAGGAAAGGCAUGAUAGAGACCUCAAAGAAUCUGUCAUGCUGGGGCUCCCAUUCCAGACCUCAUGGGUCUUGGAAAACCGGCAUCACAAAUCGCGCACUCUUCCAGACCCAGACAUUUUUGCAUUUGAUACAUUUAUGCUUGGUACGACUCGCUGGAGCGAGCCUGGUACAAGGGCAGCACGGCGUAUCAAAUGUAAAAAUGUCUGGGUCUGGAAGAAUGCAACUUGCCAUGGUAAAUCUGAAGCAUACAAAAAUCUGUGUUGCAUAAUUACCAAAAGUCGUCCAGUUUUGACCAAGUCGGGAGGGAGUUUCUCACGCAGGAUAGGCAUGAGAGAGAUAACACAGAAUCUGUGAUGCUAGGUCCUGCAUUCCAGGCUUCAUGGGUCAUGGAAAAGCUGCAUGACAAAUCGCGCAUUCUUCCAGACCCAGACACUUUUACAUUUGAUACGGCGAACUGGUUGUACUUUGUCGCCCAGUUCUUCAGUCUCGGCCCCCGCAUGUUUGUGUCGGUGUUCGCGGGGGCGGUGCUGACCAUUGCGAAGAUGGGGAUCAUCAACGAAAUCGUCCUCGGCUACCUGGUCACCGCGUUUUCGCCCCUGAUGAGCCGCUUGAUCAAGGACCCGCCGGAGCAGCUGCGGCGGCUGCACUGCUUCAAGGGCGGACAGUUGCAGAAUUACGAUUCGCUAGCCUGCGGAGCCCUCGAGGUGGUCCGAAAAGAGUGCCGGGACGUGGACCGUCGGUUCUGGACGGUUUGUCCACUGAGCAAGGCCACUUUCGUCAUUUUAGAGACCGGGGCGAUGUACUACUGCCGACGGCAUGGACGCACCAAGGGCAGGCGCAUACUGGACGGGUCGCACAAUUACAUCCUCGAUCGCUCGGAGCAGAGCGCACAGCCGCCGGGUGCGAAUGUUGCAAAUAAAUCGUCGUCCGAACUGCGAAGGUUUCUCAACCGGCAAGAGGGAAAAAAGCCGGUGCUCGGUGGCGGGCUCGCGUCUCCCAUUUCUCCCAAGAGCCCCGCCACGAGAGGGGAGGACAAUCUCUCAGAAGCCGGGAGCGCCGCGGGUGUGGAAAAAAGAAAGUGCUGCAGCUGCAAGAGUAGUUGCUGCAGCAGCGGUGCCAACCGCAGAAAGCUGAGACGGCGCGCCCACCUCCAGCAGCAGCACGGCACGCAGAUCGUAUGGCGACUGGCGGACACAUUCCGCGUGCAUCGCGUGGCGCUCUUGCAAAAAGACCCCAGCAUUGUGCUCUUUGAAGGCGUGGACACGAAGAAACGACGCAGCAAGCGCGGAACCCACUUGCUACCAUGCGAAACAGAGGAGGACGCGCUGGUGCUUUUUAGCCACGUCUUGGAGCACCUCGGACCAAUCAACGCCCUACGACAGUCGAAUCCGCACCAAAGCUGAGACUGUUUGAAACACUUUCCGACACGCAGUUUUCCCGCAGUGGCGGUUUUACUGUGCCAGUGCGAGUAGUAUCGAUGAGAAUACAACGUCUGCGGCUCUUUCUUUUCUUUUCUAGUUCUCAUGCAUUUUUUUUUUUCGCGAAGUUACUUUUUUUUCGCAUAAGCUAAAGCACAAGCAGGUUUAAUCUGCAUGAGAAUCGUCUAUUCGUAUUUCCACUUUCACUUUCGUCUAGCGAAAUAAAAGUCACGCGUACGGCUAAAGACCAUCAAACCGCGAAAGAAAAGACACUGAAACUUUAUACUUUUCCAAUCAAAUUUGAACACACAUCUUUUUGAAGAGACAAGCAUAAUCUUACCUCGGUUCUUUGGUGCUCCGAAAAAUCAAAAUCUGACUUCUUUGUGACCAACGCUCGUGCGAAACGGAAGCUUACUUCAGCAGCAAAAAAAGACCGAAACAAAACUCAGCUGCACCUACUACGACAGGCAGCUUCAUUAGCGUCGUUGGCGGACCUGCGGUGCGGCUGGUAAAAACAAGAAGCAGGGACGAAACGGGGAUAUAGGGUGCAGUUUCCAAC